AUGUCCUUAGUUGAUACACUUGGGGAAAGGAUCGCAGAAAGAGAAGAGCAAAAGAUCAACAUAUUCGACGACUUCGACUAUACCACAUCCGCUAUCACGGGCAAGUUGUCCGCCAAUUUCAAAAACCUCGAUCAAUCGGAUGAUUAUCCGUUCUGGCAUUUCCUGCGCAACGCUUUGCGCAUGUCCGUCAUAGCCCAGUUCAUUCCCCGAGAUCUAUCGCUUUCUGGCCUCGGUCCUCCUCGUCGGACCCUCAUUCCUCAUUCCCAAGGCCCAGCCGGGUGUCGCCGAAUUCGCACGGAAGCAUGCCCAAGAGCGAGCCUCGGCAGCGAUCUAGAACACAGGCGAUGCAAGACCCGAGCCACGAGAGACUCGCAUGAGCUCCUCGGUGAAGCCUUCACGCUAGUUUACCGACGGCGGAGAUCCGGUCGCCUCGGCGCUGACGGCAGCAAUGUGGAUGGCCGGCAGGGCAGCAUCUACCAGGCGCUAACGGAGCAGCUGCGCGCCACUUUUGCGCGAUAUGAGGAGACUGACUUCAAGGCGGCCGUAGCCCUAGUGCUGUGGGUCGGUUCAGUGUUAAACGAGCCCAUGCGUCUCAACCCCGUUCUUCCCGGUCCCAUGUGGUGCCGGACAGACCAACCUAUUCUGUUGGGUGGGUACGCUCUGCCUGAGGAUACGGAGAUGGGCGUGAUGUGA